CCGUAACACGUUCACAUCAUUCGUAUCUAGUAAGGAGGAAACAUACAUCUUAAUCAUCAAAUACGAAAGUACGUACCCAGAAUUAUCAUACGCUGUGGUACAUACACAUGAUAUGGCAGAUGUGUACCGCCGUAGUGGGCGGGGCGGUGCCGGGAACUUCUAUUCCCAGAAGGAUAUCGAUGAAGCUACGAAGCGACAGCCCGAGGAUCUUGAAGCGCAAAAACAUAUUCCUCAUGAUGAACCGCCUACCGACCCAGCAGAUGUCCCCGCACAAGCUGCACCCGUGGUUAGUAACAACGCCGGUGGUAUGACAGGAUAUUCCCGUUCAGGUCGCGGUGGCGCGGGCAAUUUCGUUGAGAGUCCUGCCUCACCAACAGCUACAGCAACUAUAAGUCCCACUACUCCCACAACCACCACCUCACCUUCAACACAGCAAGCACCUAGAGCUGGGCUCUCGGGACGAGGAGGUGCAGGAAACUGGACAUUAACAGAGAGCGAAGAACCAUAUGACCGAGAGCAGGAACGAAAACGGCGCGAAGCACUCGAUGCUCAUAUUCUCCAGGACAUUCGAGAGUCCCUACCACAGCCAUCGAGGAUCUAUUAUAUGCAUGGACCAGGACGAGGACGAAAGCCCGAAACCUUACCUUCUUAGACAGCAGGACGUCGUAAUGAAUAAUCAUCCACCUAUAUGUUCUGGUUUAGCGAGAUCUAAUGAAUCUAAUGAGGGAGAUAAUCUGGGCUGGAAAAUCUAUCACGGUGACAUUGAUGUAGUCAGCUUGAUACCUACCCAGGCGGUACUUUCAACAUAUAAGGAAUCAUAUAUCCUAUCUUAAUACUAGGACUCAAUAUGUUCCGUAAAUAUAAUCGUAGUCUCUAAUAUGCACCAUAGCAACAAAAGUGAAACCAUGAUCAGAU